CCGAGUGUUGGGGGGAUGGCCAAGGAGGACACCGCCUGGAAAAGAACGCUAGCUUGGUCCUCCGGCGCUCACUGCCCACAGCCGUUUCUCGAAUCGUCUGCGCUCCGGGACCGAGCGGUCGUCUCUCUUGCCUCUCACGUCCUAAAAGAGUUCAACAUGAUGGGGAACGUCAAUACAAGCAUCCUCCUGUUUGGUCUCCUGGUCCUGGCGAUGUUCUGGAGCCAAGGUGGUGCUCUGAAAUGCUACCAGUGUGACGUUGCUACAACAGGAUUCUGUACCGAGAAAGUCACUUGUAAACCUGAGGAAGACACGUGCCUUUGGUUUAUAUCGUAUGGAAAAAAUUUCCAAAGAUGUUGGAAAUAUAAUGAAUGCCACAUAGAUGAUAUUGGAAAAGCCGGUUCUGAAGUUUCCAAAUAUCACUGCUGCCAACAUGACUUUUGCAAUUCUGCAGGGAUGAGGAUCACACUCAGCAAAGCAUCCAUGAUUUCUGGGCUACUGAUGGUGCUGGUUAUGAGCUUCCUAUUUUAAUUGAGUGGAAAGCUAAAAGUCCUGAGGAACAAGAUGUGUGAGGGGGGGAGUGGGAGUGGGGGGUAACAAUG